AUGGCGUCCAAGUCACAUGCCCCCCCGUCUGAGGAGGAGAGCACCAUCCUCAUGGCUAAGGAGGAGCUGGAGGCUCUCCGGACAGCCUUCGAGCUGGGGGAUAUCCCCAAGGCUGCCUCCCGCCUCCGGGAGCUUCUGGGCUCUGCCGAGAGCAGCCGCCUCGAGGUGGGUGUGACCGGCGAGUCUGGGGCCGGCAAGUCUUCCUUGAUCAACGCCCUUCGAGGGAUCGGGGCCGAGGACCCUGGUGCGGCCCGGACAGGCGUCAUCGAGACCACGACCCAGCCCACCCCUUACCCCCACCCUCAGCUGCCUGAGCUCAUGCUGUGGGACCUGCCAGGGGCCGGCUCACCUGGCUGCCCGGCUGACAAGUACCUGAAGCAAGUAGACUUUGCUCGCUACAAUUUCUUCCUCCUGGUCUCACCCCGCCGCUGUGGGGCCGUGGAGACCCGCCUGGCGACUGAGAUCCUCCGCCAGGGCAAGAAAUUCUACUUUAUCCGCACAAAGGUGGAUGAGGACCUGGCGGCUUCUCGCACCCAGCGCCCAUCCGGCUACAGUGAGAGCGCUGUCUUGCAGGAGAUCCGAGACCACUGUGCGGAACGUCUCCGAGCUGCCGGCGUCCAGGACCCCCGGAUCUUCCUCGUGUCCAAUCUCUCGCCGGCCCGCUAUGAUUUCCCUCUGCUUGUGGCCACUUGGGAGCGGGAGCUACCAGCCCAUCGCCGCCAUGCUGGUCUCCUGUCCCUACCAGACAUCUCCCUGCAGGCCUUGCAAAAGAAGAAGGAUGCCCUGCAGGAACAGGUGCUGAAGACAGCCUUGGUGUCUGGGGUCAUCCAGGCCUUACCUGUGCCUGGACUGGCAGCCGCUUACGAUGACGCCCUCCUGAUCCGCUCCCUGCGGGGCUACCACCGCAGCUUUGGCCUGGAUGACGAUUCCCUGGCCAGGCUGGCCGAGCAGGUGGGCAAGCAGGCUGGUGACCUGCGCUCUGUGAUCCGCUCGCCCCUGGCCACUGAGGUCUCGCCAGAGGCGGUACUGCGCAUGUAUGCCCAAUCGUCUGACGGGGCCAUGCGUGUGGCUCGGGCCUUCGAGAAGGGCAUCCCCGUGUUCGGGACACUGGUGGCCGGUGGCAUCUCCUUUGGGACUGUCUACACCAUGCUACAGGGCUGCCUCAACGAGAUGGCCGAGGACGCCCAGCGUGUCCGGAUCAAGGCCCUGGAAGAGGAGGUCACCUCCUCCGGCUCUGAUGCCCGCCUCGACGUCGCCAGUGCGCCCGGGUUGGAGAAGAGGGGGGCAGGCGAGGGCGGCGGGGAGGAUCCUCCAAUCUCAGCCCGCCGGAAGCUUGGACUGCUGCUCAAGUACAUUCUGGAGAGCUGGAAGAAACGGGAUGUGACCCUGAAGGGUCCUUUGAUGGCAAUCCCCUGGCUCCACUCCAACACCCUGCCCCCUUACUCCAAGAUGCCCCCACCCCCUCCCCAGGAGCGAGCCAAUCAGCAUUCAGAUCUCAUUACAAUGGGCCCUAGCAACAGGUGCCUCGACUUGGACUGGCCAGAAGCCGGGAUCCCUGUCUCAGGCAGGGAGGGCUCCAGGACAGCCCAAGAGUCUAGGAACACCCUGACUCUGACACCUGAAGAGAUGGCGGCUUUUGGUGAAAUUUUCCAAGGAGACAGUCUUGCAGUGAUAUCUGCCAAGCUACGUUCUACCCUCCACUCCCUAGAGAAUGUUCGGUUGGACAUUGCCGUCACGGGAGGGGAAGGCUCAGGAAAGUCCACUUUUGUGAAUGCCCUCCGUGGCCUGGGAGAUGAAGACCAGGGCUCAGCCAAGACAGGGCUGGUGGAGACAACUUUGGAUCCAACACCGUACCCGCACCCCAAGUACCCCAACAUCAUCAUCUGGGACCUGCCGAGCAUAGGGUCCCCCUUCCUCCAAGAUGACAAGUUCCUAGAGAGAGUCCUGCUUGGCCGCUAUGACUUCUUUAUCAUCCUGGCCUCUGACCGCUUCACCACCAGUCACACUUGGCUUGCCAGCGCUAUCCAGGUCAAGGAGAAACAUUUCUAUUUUGUCCGCUCCAAGAUUGAUGUGGACAUAGCUGCCUCACGCCAACGCCGGCCCAGCACCUUCUCUGAGGAAGGAGUGCUCUUGGAAACCCGGGAAAACUGCCGUAUCUACUUGCAAGCUGAGGGAGUGGUCAAACCCAAAGUCUUCCUGCUGUCCAUGUUUGAGCUGGCCAAGUAUGACUUCCAGCUGCUCAUCGAAACCAUAGCCCAGGAUCUGGAGAGCCACAAGCGCCACGCCUUUCUGGUGGCCCUGCCCAACGUGUCCCAGCCCAUCCUGGAGAAGAAGGCCACCUCCAUGCUCCGGCACGUCUGGCUUGUGGCCACGGUGGCCUGCACCCUUAACAUUCAGGUGGUGCCCGGAGUGCCCGAGGUAGCCUGCGACCUGGGCCUGCUCGUGCAGACUUUGGCCGGCUACCGCCGCAGCUUUGGCCUGGAGUCGGCCUCGCUGUACAAGCUGGCCCAACGGACUGGCGGGUCUCUCCAGGCCAUGCAGAGCAAGGUGUGCGGCCCGCUGUGUGAAGUGAGCGAGGAGCAGGUGAUCGACUUGCUGAGCCGGGCCAGCAAAGACACCACAACUGCCUUUGCCCAUGAGCUGGCAACCCUGCCCGUCCUGGGGGUCCUAGCCUCCUGCAGUCUUUCUUUUGCCACUGUCUACCAAAUGCUCAGGGCCUAUCUAGACAGGGCGGCCAAGGAUGCACAGAAGGUUCUGAUCCAGGCCUUUCCAAAGGGCCGGUAA